AUGGUUUUUCGUCGGUCAGGAAGCCUCACCGCAGCCUUGGCUUUUAAAGAUACCAGAAAGACUCCGGUGGAGCCAGAGGUGGGGAUUCACCGAAUUAAAAUUAUUCUAACCAGCCGCAACGUGAAGUCUUUGGAGAAGGUCUGUGCUAACCUGAUCAGAGGUGCAAAGAAAAACAAUCUCAAAGUGAAAGGACCCGUUCGGAUGCCUACCAAGCCUCUGAGAAUAACUACAAGGAAAACUCCUUGUGGUGAAGGUUCUAAGACUUGGGGUCGUUUUCAGUUGAGGAUCCACAAGCGACUCAUUGACUUGCACAGUCCUUCUAAGAUUGACAAGCAGAUUACUUCCAUCAGUAUUGAGCCAGGAGUCGAGGCUGAAGUCACCAUUGCAGAUGCUUAA